AUGGGCUCUGUGAAUUCUAGAGGUCACAAGGCAGAAGUUCAGGUAGUGAUGAUGGGCCUUGACUCAGCAGGCAAGACGACACUCCUGUACAAACUGAAGGGCCAUGAGCUGGUGGAAACCCUGCCCACUAUUGGCUUUAAUGUGGAACCUCUCAAAGCUCCUGGACACCUAUCUCUGACUCUCUGGGAUGUGGGAGGGCAGACUCAGCUCAGGGCCAGCUGGAAGGACUAUCUGGAAGGUGUGAAUAUUCUUGUGUAUGUGCUGGACAGCACAGAUGAAACCCGUCUGCCUGAGGCAGUGGUUGAGCUUUGGGAAGUGCUGGACAGCCCCAACAUGGCCAGAGUCCCCUUUCUGGUGCUGGCCAACAAGCAGGAUGCACCUGAUGCUCUACCAUUGCCGGAGAUCAGAGACAGGCUGGGCUUGGAGAGAUACCAGGACCACUGCUGGGAGCUCCGAGCCUGCAGUGCCCUCACUGGUGAGGGGUUGCCAGAAGCCCUGCAGAGUCUGAAGAGCCUCCUGACGUCCCGCAGCCACCUAUGUCUCUAG